AUGCCCGUCAGCGCAAUGCCGAGGGGUCGGUCUCUGAGCCCGGUGUCUCUGUCCCGCAGCCUCUCGCGGCUGAGGGAGUUUCGAACCCGGACUCGCAUCAUGCUUUCUCUGGGAGUUUCACAGAUGGUGCUCGGGAGUCUGAUUUUGGCUGUCAGUUUCGCCGCUUUGGCCCUCACUACAUCUCCGAGGGUGAGACAUUCGUGUCCCUUUUGGGCUGGAUUCUCGGUGCUUUUGUCUGGACUGAUCGGAGUGGUGUCUUGGAAAAGGCCCCUUUCUUUGGUGAUAACUUUCUUCAUGCUGUUGUCUGCUGUGUGUGUGAUGCUGAACCUCGCAGGAGCCAUCCUUUCCUGUCAGAAUGCCCAGUUGGUCAACUCUCUGGAGGACUGUCAACUGAUCAAAUUUGACAGUGAUGGUGUGUGUGUCUGCUGUGAGCUCGAGCGCCUGAGAUCCACCUGUAAUAAUCUGGGAGAUACGCUUAAACUCAACCCCCUGAGGGACUGCAACACCAUACGUCUCCGCCUGAAGGAGCUGCUUUUCAGCGUGUGUGCACUGAAUGUUAUCUCCACCAUUGUGUGUGCUCUGGCCACAGCCGUAUGCUGUAUGCAAAUGGUUUCUACUGAUUUACUACAGAUGUUCAUGCCACACGGAGCACGUGCCUUGAGCACGGACUGUAUGACCCCUCAUGGUACCAUCUUACACCAGACGCUGGAUUUCGACGAGUUCAUCCCACCCAUCCCCCCUCCUCCCUACUACCCCCCAGAGUACACCUGCACACCUGUGAUGGAGGGCCAGAGAGGGUUGCAUCUGGACUUUCCACACUCUCCCUUCAGUGCUAUUUAUGGGGUGCCUAUAAACAGCCCUGGGGCUUUAUAUCCAUCUGAGCUGCCACCACCCUAUGAAUCUGUCGUGGGACAGACACCUGUCAGCCAGAUUACCACCAGUCUUGAGCAACAGGUCACAGAGUCCAGUCUGUGUGAAAGGAACACCACAGCUGGCCUUAGCACUCAGGCCUCUGUUGAUAGUGCUUCCCUUAUGGUGUCUGAGACUGCAGACAUCCCUGAUCACAGCUGUUCCUCUGAAGACCUGUGUUCUCUAGAAGUACAAGGCUCUGAUUCCUCUCCAUAUGGCACUUUACACAUCGUGCCUACUGAUGGUAGCUGCACAAGUCUGGAUCACUCUCUGAGGCGGCAGACCCCUGCUCGACUGGACCACAGCGAGUCCUCUGUCAUGCAGGAUUCCAAGCCCCACUCUCCCCAGCUGUCACCCGAUGCUGUUAACGUGCCUGAGAAGGAGGAGAUUACAGGCCUUAAACCCACGUCUCGAAUGCAGCACAGAGAACAAACCAAUAAGAAGCUUACCCUUCUUUUCCCUCCAAGCACACCAUCCCAAUGUGCUUCCAACUCAGCAGUGACCUCCACUGCCGCCACAGCUUCUGCUCUGACCCCCUCCGCUUGCACCUCUCCGUCACCCACCGCUCAACUGCGGGGAACCCGGCUAUGCUUCAGCGUCUGGUCCCCAUCCUCCUCUUCCUCACAGCCCCAUGCUACCUCUGCCCUCAGCAACCCUAGUCAACGUGAGCGGCCCCGCACACUCCGUGCCACUAAAGGGUAUCGGAAGCUGGCGAGGAUUGUGCGUUCCACUAGUGAACCCAUAUCCUGUAAUUCCAUAUCUAGAAGUGAGCGUUGUGCUCCUGCUUCUAACCAUCCACCUGAGGACUCCCCACAGACUCCCUGUGAUCAAGCAUGUAUAGAGCUCUCUGAGAGCACCCGACACCCUUCUGCCAAACAAAGCAGCCAAGGGGGCAAGAAGCAGAAGGACGGUGGAAAGGUGGACAUCCAACUCAAACCUCACAUCCCUCACUCAAUGUCUACAGAACGGCCGCAGUCUCUCGCAGACCUCAAAACUUACAAAGACACCAAAGUGCUGGUGGCCAAGUUCCUGGAACACUCGAGCUGCAGUCUACCUCUGGAGGUCCAGCAGGUGGUCAACAGCAUUAAAUGUGUUAUUAAAUCUGAUGAGAAACACAUGGAGGAGGCCAUUUUCAGUGCCAGUAUCAUUGAUCAGUUGAUGACACAGUCACAGAAGACCAUGGGCAGCCAGAGGAAGCAUGCUCACGAAGACCUGCAUUUACAGAGCUGUGGGGCUUUGAGUUCCCCAUCUUCAUCCUUGCGCCGUCCACCCAGAGGAUCCAGUCAGACAGAUGCCCCUGCUCCCCUGGAUCAUCAGCCUCAAAGCCUCAUCAGUGUAUGCAGAGAAACUACACUUUGACCCUCCAGACUACAAACACCCUUUUCCUCAUAAUCCUCUGAAUAUGUGCCAAGGCCAAGUCCUCAUCAGCAGAAAA